CCAAAACUCAAUAUGUGUGCAGUCUGUACACUUCUGUUAUGUAUAUACAUUCAUCCAUUCUGUGUAUAAAUAUGAUAAUAGUAAAGUCUCUACUAUUAUUUUUCAUGUCUAAAAGUAACUUCAAUAACAAAGAUUAUCAAAUAUAUCUGUGACUAUACUUAUGAAUAUCAUUUAUUGUCUGGUUCAUAAUAGAAGAAAAAGUAUUAUACUCAUUUAUAAUUAUGUGUGAAUUCUGAUGCCAGUGAAAUGAACAUCAAAAUACUUAACCACAGGAUCAUCAUGAACUGGAGUGAAAUUAAAUAUUUCUCAAUCUAUUCGAUAAAUUUGAUGUAAACUUAUAAUGCUUACAUGCAUGUUACUUUUGAUGAGUACUUAACUUCGUUUAGUCUUAUUUUCUGAAAGUCUUUGAAAUGUUAUCAUCGUAGAUAUCUAUGCUCAAAACUAUCGCUUUUACGGCUUUAAUUCUUCAUAUAUUACACUUGACUGAAAAUUCCAUUUGAUGCAAUCUCAAAAAAUAAUGUAAAUUUAUUUGAAUAUGUUAAAUGUCUCUAAAAAACAAACAAACUUGGAUAGUAAUUCUUCUAAAUAUGGAAUUUUACAGUGAAAUUUUAACAUCAUUAUAUAAACAGUUGUAAGACAAAUUAUUGUUAGUUUCUAUUAUUAUUUCCAAUAAUCCUUCUAGCCAACUAAUACUUUACAAUCAUCCCCUCAAACGGAGUCGGUUACUAGUACAAAUGGACAUAGUUUGAAUAAAUUAAUGGAAGAUUAUAAACCAAUCACUUCGCAUUCAGUAUUAUCAUCUUCGUCAUCACCCGUUUCUGAUUUUGUCGGUGCUGAUGUUGCUCCUGGCAGCGGCAAUUCUACUUGCCAUGAUGAUACUGCCAAUCCUAUCGAUUCUGAAUUGACAGCCUUUAAAAUGCAACAAUUACAACAUGAUGUAAUGCAACUUGAAACUGCAAUAAAGGACAACUUAAAUGAACAGAAGGAAUUGAAUGAUCGAUUAUUUGAACAAUUAGCUGAAGUAUCGAAACCUGAAAUUAGUAAAAAUAAAUCAUCUUCCUCCUUAUUGUCAUUGUCACCGAUAUCAAAUGAUCAAUCUGCCUUUCGUGAAAGUGAAAUUAAACGUAUUUAUAGUGAGAAGUUGAAAACACUUAAAAAACAAUUAAAAGCAUUAAAUGAACAAUUACAAACAACACGUUAUGUUAUUUCAAAAUCCACAACAUAUGAUGAUACUGGAUAUCGUAAGAAAAGUUCUUCACGUCCUGUCGGCUACUCAUUCUUUACACCUAACGAUAGAAAGAAACAUAAGAAAAUUACAAAAGGCCAUUUGACUACAUCCAAUUUGUUGUAUCCUCCUGAUUCAUCCAGCAUAUUCCUACCUGAGAAUGUAGCUAGCAGUAGUUCUCAACCACUUCGAACUGGUUCAUUACCUUCUACCAAUGGACUUAACCCUAUCAGUUGUGGUGGAUACGAUGCUGGUGGACGUAGUAUGAUUAGCGGUUUAAGUGGUAUAAUUAGUACAUCAAAAGAUGAUACAUGUCCCAGUAUAGAUCCAUCUGUUGCUGUCAAUUCUAACACUGGUGCAUUUUCAUGGUCAGAUGGUGGAGAUAAUACACUGGCACGAAUAUUUGAAUUUCUUGGUGUAUCACCACAUCAAGUGUUCAAUAGUCAAAAUCUAACCUCCAUUGGUAAUAAUAAUGUACCCGGUGUUGGUUCUUCAGGUUCAUCUGCAUUGUCUGCUUCAGGAUUAGGCGUGUUGGAUAAGACUAAAGCUGGAUCUAAAAGUCAUAUAAGUGGAGUAAAUGUUAUCUCACCAGAAUCACUUAGUACUCCUCAUAGUAGUGGUAUUGUUACUGGGAGUUUAAGUGGUGGUGUUGCUGCUGGUAGUAUUGGCCACUUAGGUAAUUCAGUAAUGAAUAUUUCACCACAUAAUUUGGCACUUGCAUUUGCUUAUCUUUAUCGUCGUCAAGAAUGUCAAUUUGCCUCUCUAACUAAUCAACAAUCACAGAUAUUUCAAGAACUUCGUGAUGAAUUGUCUGUUAUGCAUAGUGAAACACUUAGUAUUCAGUCUACACUGAAUAAUUUAACAACAGAAUUAGAAGCUAUUCGACGUGAUGCAACCACCAAAGCGGAGUUACAAAAUCAAAAACUAACCGAUGCCAGUUCACGUAUUGAACGAUUGGAUGCUAUAGCUGAAGAAUCUCGACAAGCUUUACCACAUGAAUUAGCAGCUAUACGUAAUGAAUUUCAUGAUUCCUUAUAUUCAGUUGAAUAUCAAGUGACUACAAAAAUACGCGACCUAAGUGAUAAUAUUACAAGUAUUAAUAAUAAGGUUGGUGUUUAUUUUUUACUUCUCUGCAUUAUGUGAAAUAAAAAUAGAAACCAUGUGGUUUUAUUGAAUCGAAUUUUUUUAGUGUAAAUCUUCUUUUUAAACCAGCUCUUUUAAUUUGCUAGGUAAUUUUAAACAAUGAUUUCUGUAGUGGUGGAAUCUUGCUCAGAGUUGACCAUGUGUGUGUUCAAAAAUUGAGCGAUCGAUUGAUUGACUUCCAUUUGGCUUUAAAUAACCGUAAGCAUGAUUGAAAAACCUCAUGAUCAAUCUAAUACACUUGAAUCACAUGGUACAGAAUUAGAUCGUGUUCGUCGUAAAGUAUUACAUUAUUUAACUGAUUUAUGUGUGUCAUUCUUUGCACUAGUUACUAUGCUACUACAAGUGCUUAUACGUUGUUUAAAUUUGGGCGCUGUUUUGACAGAAAAUAGGAAACUUGCUGUUUGCUUUUCCAUGACAUUGUUAGCUAGUUGUUUGCUUGUAUAUACAUCGGAUCCUAUUAUUUUAUGGCUCAGGGAAGAUGAUACCAUUACAAAUCCGUCUACAACAACAACAACCAUACAUCGAAGAUCUCAAUACUGGCGAAAUAUACUUAUUGCUAUCUUGUCAUUUUUUCGAAGUUUUUCCCGUGAAAUGUCUUGAACCAAUAUUUUGAUUUAUCUGUUUAAUCAUUCAAUUAAUUAUUCGGAAGUUUCUAAUGUACGUUUGUCUUGUCUUCUUUCUUUACUCAAUGGUUCACUUAACUUAAAGGUUUAUUAUCCUUCACGACAAUUACCUGGUGCUCCAUUAUAUAUAUAUAUAUAUAUAUAUAUAU